CCCAAACUCCACUCAUCAUAACACAAGAAAAUCUCAAACUACAAUUCCAACAAAAAGUCUUACUAUUUCAGUAACCAAACCAGAGCAAUUAAUUGAUUGUCCCAGUUUUUUGUUUUUUUUUUUCUCCUAUUGCAAAUGAAACUAACCAAAAUGCCUAAGAAAAACGGUACUGAUCUUGGUCGAAGAGCAUGGAGUUUCCUUCGUUUAGCACUGUUAUGGGCAAGAAAAGGCGGUGUCUUCAAGCGGCGACUCACCAUGGUCGACUUCCGAUUGGUGAUACCCAAGUUUUUAAAAAGUUCAACAGCCGCUCCUCGUCAUGACCGUCUUCAUUACAAGGAACGUGAGUUUUCUUUCGACGAGACACCCAUUUUUCACGUUAAGGUCCACCGUUCUGCUUCCAUGCGCUUCCUUCUUCCUUGCAUUAGUCCCACCGAGGCCGUAGAUUUUGAAGAUCAUGAAAUUUAUAGCUGUGGUAAUAGCAAAAACAGUUAUUCAACAUGUUCCGAUAUUGUUGAAGAAGGGGAAGAGAUGGGAUAUGAAGGUUGUGAUGAGAAAAGUCCAUAUCCAUUAGAGGAAGAAGGGAUUGAUCUGAAGGCAGAGAAGUUUAUAGCAAAGUUUUAUGAGCAAAUUAAGUUACAAAGACAAAUUUCUGAUUUGGAAUAUACAGAAAUGAUUAAAAGAGGAGCUAGUUGAACAAUCCUUGGGGAUUUUCACUUUUCUUUUCUACUUCAUUAUAUUUUUCACCAGUUUCUUGCCGCUUUUACACAGUGUGUUUUUGCAAGACUGCGGCUUUUUGUUAUUUUUGUAACCACGAUUCGAGUGUUUAUGAUAUAUAAUAGAAUUAAUACAUUACAUUUUGGUUGAUUGAUUUUUUUUAAUGUAAAAUUUUGUUGUUAGGAAUAAUUAUUAACCAUGCAGUUAAGCUGCAUAUUGUUUUAAGAGAA